GCUUUUAUAUUUUGGCACCAUUUUUAUCUUCAGUCAUGGUUGCUUCCUUGUUGUUGCACCUACUUUGUUGCCUUACAGUUUUCUGGCUUCUUCUUCUUCCUUCCCUUUCAGCUGACCCUGAUCCGUUACAGGACUUUUGUGUAGCAAACCUGAGUGGCUCGUUAUCUGUUAAUGGUUUUCCUUGUAAACCUGCAUCCGAGGUGACUUCGGAUGACUUCUUCUUCGAUGGUUUCAUGGAAGAAGGUAACACGACGAAUCGCUUUGCUUCGUCCCUCACGCCUGCAAAUGUUCUCACGUUUCCGGGGCUGAACACACUCGGAAUCGCGAUGAACCGAGUGGACAUUGCCCCAGGUGGAAUCAACCCUCCUCACUCGCACCCUCGUGCGAGCGAGGUCGGUGUGGUCAUCGAAGGGAAGCUCCUCGUAGGCUUUGUGACUACUAACAAUGUGUUUUACUCGAAAGUCUUGACUGCGGGACAUAUGUUUAUCGUCCCUCGCGGACUGGUGCACUUCCAACUCAACGUCGGGGAAGGAAAGGCGUUAGCGUUCACGGCUUUCAACAGCCACUUGCCCGGCGCUGCGGUUGUUCCGCUAAACCUCUUCGCUUCUUCUAUUCCGAAUGAAGUGUUAACGACGACCUUGCAAGUUGAUGCCGAUGUUAUCGAUACCAUAAGAUCCAAGUUCAAGUCAUGAGAUAGUUGAAAAACUCUGCCCUGCUACGUGGGAUUUGCCUAGUUUAUGUAUGCCAUUUAUCCACCAUAUAUUUCACUUUGAUUUAAAGCAUAAAUGUCUCGCUUUGAUUUAUGAAUUAAAUUGUUACUCAAAAUUUUCCAUUA